CCAAGUUGCAGUACUAGCGUCUUCUUCACUCUGGGAUAUGCUUCUCCUUGUCCACUGGUAUGAUGCCUGCUUAAAUGCUUCUAUCUAGGUACUCCAUGACAAUGCGCUAGUCUCAGUUGAAGUUUCCCCACGGCACUUUGCGCGUUUCUUGACCCGUUCUUCUUUGAGAUCUCUUUCCUCACCCUUGCUCCGAGCACAAACGAGUAUAUAUACUUUUCCCUGUGAAUCUUGUUUCUACACAUGUCCGCUCGAACCCUAUAUGGUACAGCCAUGGAUAGCAAAAACAGUAGUCCGUGGUCGUUCAUACUCCCAAUUUUCUUGCUUUGCUCAUCUCCGUACACCCACCUCUGUCUUGGCACAAACAAGCUCGAUGCGAAUCGAUCUAUAUCUGGUAAUCAAACCUUAACCUCCUCGGGUGGCCACUUUACACUUGGCUUCUUCUCGCCGGGUAACUCCACGUACUCCUACAUAGGCAUCUGGUACAACAAAAUCAGCGUGCAAACCGUCGUCUGGGUCGCCAACCGAGACAACCCUAUCACUGACAGGCAAUCCACUGAGCUGAAGGUCUCGGGUGGCAAUCUUGUGAUUGUUAACAACUCCGAAGUCCCCGUUUGGUCCACGAAUCUGACUGCUUCUUCAUCUGGAUCGAGCUCCAUGGUGGCGGUUCUUGAGGACGACGGCAACUUCGCUCUCAAAGCGGCUCCGACUUCUUCCGUGAUUCUGUGGCAGAGCUUCGAUUACCCAACGCACACGUGGCUUCCCGGUGCCAAAUUAGGGAUCGACAAGCGCAAAAACAGGAGUCAGCUCUUGACAUCAUGGAAGAACGCUGAGGACCCUUCGACAGGUUUGUUCUCUUUGGGUCUCCAGCCAUUCAGUGAGUACUACGUAAGGUGGAAUAAGUCUGAGCAUUACUGGAGCAGUGGGGCGUGGGACAAUCAGACGAAAAGUUUCUCUUGGGUCCCUGAAAUGAGAUUGAACUAUAUUUAUGAUUUCAUGUAUGUGGACAACGAGAACGAGAGCUACUUCGCCUAUUCAAUCAAAAGCUCCUUCAACACCAUAUCAAGGUGUGUGAUGGACAUUUCUGGGCAGCUCAAGAUGGUGUCCUGGUUGCCUUCCCAGGUGUGGACCUUGUUCUGGUCUCAGCCCCCGCAACAAUGCAAGGUGUAUAGACUUUGUGGGCCUUUCAGUGUUUGCAGCGAGCAGAGCGAAGAUUCGUGCAGCUGCUUGCAGGGAUUUAGCAUAAGCUCUCCAAUAGAUUGGAAUCGGAGUGAUUGGUCUGGUGGUUGCAAGAGGAAUUCGAACUUAAAUUGUGCAGCGAAUGCGGAGAAAGACUGUUUCUGGCCUAUGUCUAACAUGGAAUUGCAUGAUGCUCCCCAAUCCUUAGUUGCAGGGAGCGAUCUGGAAUGCCAAACUGCUUGUUUAAGCAAUUGCUCUUGCACGGCUUAUGCUUUUGAGGAUAAUGCCUGCUCAAUCUGGAUUGGGGAUCUCUUCAAUGUGGAACAGCUCAAACAAGGCACUACCCCUGGAAGGAGUUUCUAUGUCCGGCUUGCUGCCUCCGAAAUUAAGGAUCCCAGCAAGAAGAGUAAUGUAACCGCAACAGUGGCAGGGUCUGUUGGUGCCGCGGUAGCGAUAUUAGCCACUGUCUCAUUCGCCGUUUGGAGAUGGAGGAGUGGGGCAACUGUAACAACAAAAAUAGUGGAGGGUUCACUGAUAGCCUUUGCAUACCGGGAGUUGCAAGUAGCAACAAAGAAUUUCUCAGAGAAAUUGGGUGGGGGUGGGUUCGGUUCAGUUUUCAAAGAAACAUUACCUGAUUCAAGUCACAUAGCGGUCAAGAAGCUUGAAAGCAUAAGCCAAGGUGAGAAGCAAUUCCGAACGGAAGUAAGCACAAUCGGCACUAUCCAGCAUGUGAAUCUUGUCAGGCUUCGUGGAUUCUGCUCUGAAGGUGACAAGAGGCUGUUGGUCUACGAUUUCAUGCCAAAUGGUUCCUUAGGCUAUCAUCUCUUUCAUAGAAAGGACUCAAAGACCUUGGAUUGGAAAACGAGGUACCAAAUUGCUUUGGGAAUAGCUCGAGGUCUGGCUUAUCUCCAUGAGAAGUGCAGAGAUUGCAUCAUACAUUGUGACAUCAAGCCAGAGAACAUCCUUCUAGAUGCUGAAUUCUGUCCAAAAGUGGCAGAUUUUGGCCUGGCAAAGCUUGUUGGCCGAGAUUUUAGCAGGGUGUUGACAACCAUGAGAGGCACAAGAGGGUAUCUUGCGCCGGAGUGGAUCUCUGGAGUGGCCAUAACAGUAAAAGCUGAUGUUUAUAGCUAUGGGAUGAUGCUUUUUGAGUUUGUGUCGGGAAGGAGGAACUUAGAGCUAUCGGAAAAUGGGGCCAUCGAGUUCUUCCCAACAUGGGCUGCUAGCAAGAUAGCUGAAGGAGGUGACCUGCUUGAUCUUUUGGACCCAGACUUGGAGAAAAACGCUGAUACUGAAGAGCUAAAUAGGAUAUGCAGAGUUGCUUGCUGGUGUCUCCAAGAUGAGGAAACUCACAGGCCAACGAUGGGGCUGGUUGUUCAAGUACUCGAGGGGUUGUUGGAUGUGAACCUGCCCAGGAUACCGAGAGCCCUUCAACUGCUUCUUGAUAAUCAGGAGCAUGUAGUUUUCUUCACUGAGUCGUCAUCAUCGAACCAGAAUUCCCAGACGAGGAGUAAUACCUCAACUGCUUCCUUGCAGAACCCAAAUAGUUCAUCUUCGAUGAAGUCUGAGUCUUGAGGAUGAUAAGAUAAAUGCUUAGUACAAGAAGUGCUUCAGUUAUAUAGUGCAUAUGCUCCUCUGCUUUUUCUGUAGUCAAGAGCGAAUCUCAGCAUUUGGGGAUUGGCUUUCUUGGGGCUUUCUCCCCUAGCUAUUUAUGUUGCACAUAGACACAAGCAAGCUUGGAAUAAGUGCGCGGCCAGACCAGUUGUAAAGACCCUUCAUUCUAUAUAGUGAUCUGUUGUCUGCUUUUUGAGAUCCCAGGUGACAUUGGUAGUUCGCAUCGAAAACUGUCAUCUCCACGAGCCCGAGAGGGAGAGAGUGCGAGCGAGGGAGGAGGAGAAGGCACCCAGAUCCGCGAGUUGCAGGGAGAAAAAAUGGCUCGGACGCUGUCGACGGCCCACCGGGCCACCCACCCGACGCUGCAUCCCCUGUUGCGGUGAGCUAGGGUUGUCCGCCUUUUUUUGUUUGUUUGUUUGUGUGUGCUGGGGUCGUCGGGCCGGGACUCGCAGCUGCCGGCUUCACGCGAGUUCCGGGCCCCGACCGUCCGUAGUCUGCCUCCCCGCCUGUCCCCGCUGUUCGCCUGUUCAAAGCCUUGUUGCGAUCCCGAGUCCAAAGGGCUCUGCCUUGUCCUCCUCAACCGGUGCCCGCCAGUUGUUCGAUGGAAAUCCCAAGCGAGCGUCGUACCUGCAGUGACCGGCGGUAACGGGUGGCGACGGGAUCAGCUGCAACGGCCGGCCGAACGAAGGUCAAGGCGGUGCCGGCGAAGUCCGAGCUCGGACCGAGACGAGCUCGGCCGCCUCCGCCGCAGAUCGUCAGAUCUCAAGGGCUCCAGCGGCGAGGGAGAAGAUGGGCAGAUUCGGGUCAUUGAUCGUGUAGGUUUUUUGGAUUCAGGUCGCGGCUAAUGAGUCGGGUCGGACCCGGGUCUUUGUUCGGGUAGGGUUCCGCCUGGGUUGGGUUUGUACUAGGGGUGUAAGCGGGUCGGAUCGGGUCGGGUCUUGAUGUUACCCGACCCGAAACACAUUAAACUCGCAUAGGAAAUUCGGGUCGGGUCGGGUUUCCCUUUCUUUUCUUUUUUUGAGAGUCGAACGGGGGCAUUCAUCUUCAUUGUUG